CCUUCAAAGUUUGCCCAACACAGCACUAUGCAGGUUGGCCCAACAGGCCGGAAAGAGAGAAAGAAAAGAGGCCCAAUUUACUGUACCAAUUUAUUUUUUCUUCUUCUUUAUUCAGUUGUCGUUAGAAGACCAAGCCGCCAUCUGAGAAGAUCCCCGUUUACCGGGGAAGAACACACUUUCUUCCAGAUUUGUGGCCGUUCAAACAUUUUUCCCGCGAGCGCUCAAUUCGCCGAGUUCGUUACAGAGAGAGAACGGGAGAGACAGAUGGCGACAAUGGCGGCCACAGCUACCGCUUGUUGUGGCAGCAGCUCCUACAAUUCCAAUUUGAGGGCAACUCGGAGAAAUGGAACAGAAUCUCAUACGUCGGCCACUUUGGCCUCGCCGUCGUCACGAUUAUCGUUCUCUUCCAGAGUUUCCGGUUGUUCUCUCCGCGCCCAGCGCUCCCUUCCUUCCCUUCCAAUGGCGAAUUCCGGGAAUCCGGCUCAGGCUGUUUUGGCUUCGGCGAAGGCGGAUCCGCCGCUUAGAAUCAUGAUUUCAGGUGCUCCGGCGUCGGGUAAAGGGACUCAGUGUGAGCUCAUAAAUAAAAAGUAUAACUUGGUACAUAUUGCUGCUGGAGACUUGUUGCGGGCAGAAAUCGCUUCUGGGAGUGAAAAUGGCAAGCGGGCAAAGGAGUACAUGGAGAAAGGACAGCUGGUUCCAGAUGAAAUAGUUGUGAUGAUGGUGAAGGAUCGGCUGCAGCAUCCUGACUCGCAAGUGAACGGCUGGCUAUUAGAUGGAUACCCACGGAGCAUGUCUCAAGCUACUGCCCUCAAGGGAUACGGCUUUGAGCCUGAUAUCUUCAUCGUCUUAGAAGUCCCUGAAGAUAUAUUGGUUGAAAGAGUUGUUGGACGUAGGCUGGACCCUGUUACUGGCAAGAUUUACCACAUGGCCUACUCUCCCCCUGAAACUGAAGAAAUAGCUGCCAGACUCACUCAACGGUUCGAUGACACAGAAGAAAAGGUGAAGUUAAGGUUGAACACUCAUAACCAGAAUGUGCAGGCCGUCCUCUCAAUGUACGAAGAUAUUACUUUGAAGGUCAAAGGGAAUGCGCCAAAAGAAGAGGUUUUCACCGAGAUCGACAAUGCUCUGUCGAAAUUGAUUGAGAGCAGGAAGGCAACUUCAGAAUCUCUGGCUGCUUGAUCUGAAAGUAUGUUUGCAAGAGCGCCUAUGUUGUAUUAGUAACUGCGAGUAAUAAGUUGGUUUUUUAUAGCGCACGUAAUGUUGGGCUGUAAUUCUCGUUUUUUCUUCCACUUUUCUUCUUCUUGACAGCAUGCGGUUUGAUAAUCUUGUACAUGCGGUUUGAUAAUCUUGUACAGUAGCAUUUAAAACAUAAAGAGACAUUUUAGAGCUAUGUCAAACUAAAAUUCAAUCAUGGUUCUCUUAAUUAUGCACUCUCAUUUAAAUGUCAUUUUGGCAGUAGAAAUGAUGAGUUAAUGUAAACAUCAAUCUCGCUUUCGUUUGAGGAGCUUGGAAUAGGAUAAGCGAGAGUAUUGAUUGAACAUCUUUGUAUAACUCCAGUAAUUUAUAUGAACUGAACGAGGAUUUGCGUUUAGGUAAAAUUGCACUUUUAGUCCCUGUUCUAUGUUGUUUGAACAUAUAUGCCUUUUCAUACUAUGAUUUCUAAGGAACACGAGAUAGUCAAACGCUUUAGGGCUUUCAGUCGAAUAACAAAUAAAAUAAAGCAAAUAAAGGAAGAGUAGAGUACUUUAGGUUUUUUCAAGUUAUAGGUGCAUAAUAGUAAAAAUACGUUAUCGUA